AUGGCAGAGGAGUUUCAGGCCGGGAUUUGCGGCGAAAACUGGUGGAUGAAUUCGUCGAAAAACGUGUUUAUGGGCGGCUUAUCACCAUGUUCUACGGUGAGCAUCAGUACUAGUGAUCAUAUGGGGAGUUAUGGGUCAUGGGCCACGGCUGAUAUGGCAGACUUGAAGGGAAGGUCAAUAUCAUGCAAGGGGUCUAAUAAUAUGAUCACUACCUCAGCGUCUGAUACCUCUAUACCCUUUCUAAAUUCUCAAAAGACUCAACAGGCUGAUUCAGAUAGUGGCGGUAGCAGUAUUUUGAUUGAUUCCACCUUGCAAAUGAUGGGGUUCGGGCUUUCGUCGUCGUCUUCGUCGUCGUCGGAUUGGAACCAAGCUUUACUUCCUGGGAAUGGAAGAACUGAGAGUUACAAUUCCAUGCUGCAAGAGGAUAUGAAUUCAGGAGGAUUAAACUCUUCUCAAAUCCAAAAAGAAUGGAGUCCAAAGAACUAUACAAGCUCUGCUGAAGAUUUUUCCUUGGAUCAACAAAGGCUAAAUCCGGUUGACAGUUCCGGCAAUUCGCCACCAACUUGCCAGGGAUUUUCUACAGGUUUUUCAAUGGAGCCAUCAGCAACUAAUUAUGGCUACCCUUCAACAUUGAUACAAAGUUUAUUUGAAUCUGGUCAUCCUCAACAACAACAAGUACAGCCUCUUUUCAACCACCGGUCCAUGAAUUACUUGUCGCCGACAGCUCCAAAUUAUGGGACCAACAUGAAUGAAUUGUCAUCUCCUUCCUGGCCUAAAGUGUCUCCCAUGAUAAAAUCUUCUUUGCCAAAGCAACAGCCUAGCCGUAUGCACUUCACUAACAACACACCCUAUUGGAAUGCCUCACCAACAGGAGUAAACGAUAUUAGAGCAAGCUUUUUACCUUCAUCACAAUCUCAAUUUCUUCUGCCAACUUUUGAAGAGACACCCAACUACCCCAACCUCUCUACAAAGCCUAGCAAAGAAGAAGUUCGGGAGUCGGUGUCGGUAGUUAAGAAAGGAAGCGAACCAGCAUUCAAAAGGCCUAGAAUUGAAACACCAUCUCCAUUACCAACUUUCAAGGUCCGGAAAGAGAAGUUAGGGGACCGAAUAACUGCCCUCCAGCAAUUGGUUUCACCUUUCGGAAAGACUGAUACUGCAUCGGUUCUCCAUGAAGCUAUUGGGUACAUCAAGUUCCUUCAUGAUCAAGUCAGUGUUUUAAGUACUACAUACAUGAAAAAUGGCAACCCCAUUCAACAUCAACAGGUCCUAGCUGACAAAUUGAAUGACCUAGAAGGGCCAAAACAAGAUCUAAGAAGCCGAGGACUAUGUCUUGUGCCUAUCUCCAGCACAUUUCCUGUUGCUAAUGAGACCACAGCUGAUUUCUGGACACCAACAUUUGGUGGUACUUUCAGGUAG